AUGUCAAGCCCACUAAUCCGGAGAGCCAGGCGUGCUCGCAAAGUGAAUGGCAAGCGUGCCAGGGAGCCUGCUCUUCACGGCAGAAAUUCUGCUGUCAUGUCAUUGAGCGUCGCGAUUUCCGUGUUCGCACACGAGUCGAAUGGCCACCACGGGGAGAUGAGCAGCCUCCGCACGAACGGCCUCCCCUUCCUAUCCACAGAAGUGCUCAGCAUCAUCUUCACCUUCCUCUCUUACGAUACCUCCGACGGUCGAGAGCAAGGGUUAUACCCCGCUUGGGUGCGCGCUUCUCAUACUUGUAGACGUUGGCGCAACAUCAUCCUGAACAUGCGCGCACUUUGGGCGAACAAUAUCUACUGCUUGGGAGCAUCUGGCAUCAAGACCGCUCGCGAGCGCGCGGGCAACUUGCCGCUCACAAUUGAAUUUGAUGGGUUCCGCGGUGGAAUGCAGUACGUUAAGAGCUUCAGUAUGGCUCUACUGCUUUUGUCGCAGGCGAAGACGCUGCGCGGAACGUCGGCCUUCGGAUCGAGCAUCUACCAACCGAGCGGAGACACCGUGGAAGCCGAGAUUGUCCGAGCUCUGUCCAUGGAGCCGCUCCCCAAGCUCCGCGAGCUCGAUAUAGAGGUCACAUACGUGAGCUGCCAGGCUUGGUGCUCGACAUGGCCCUCUCUAGGCCACCUCAAUCUGACUCGCGUUCGACUGUGGAACCUCUUCGUCCGACUGCCAACAUCAGUCACCUCACUUUCCUUCAGCUGCCCGCUGCCGACAUCCAAGCACUUGGCGACAUUCACCGACGUCCUUCGGGGUCUUCCGGCCCUCUAUGACCUUGAGAUUGUUUACGAUCGCGAUGACGACGUCAAGCGCUGGGUGUUCUGUUACGGCUCUAUUGCUUCUCGACAGGAGAUCCCCCGCCUUCAAGUUCGCCACCUCACCUUCACCUGCACGAAGCAAUCAACGUCUUUCGAGUGGGCGAUGUUUGUAGCACAGAUCUUCUCCGCACCUGUCCUGGAGACGCUGUGUCUGAAAGGCAACCCGCGCGUCCCCCAUAUCGUCUCGAGUGAGCCGCCCGCGCGUCCGACGGACAUCCUCGAGGCUUUCCCGAGUGCACACGUCUUGUCGCUUGUAGACCAUACAGAUGACGAGAUCAUACGCGCGUUGGAAGGCCUCAGACCCCGCGAUUGCUACGCUCCACGAGUCGAUAUGCUUAUCAUCGACUGGACGGAGGUUGGGCCAGCUGUCAAGGAUAUGGUCACAAGGAUGGGGACUACCGAAGACUUUUUCGAGCGGUGGGCGGCUUGUCGCGAGCUCACUCUGCGUAUGUCCGACAGGCUCACAGGGUUCCCUGACACCGAGCACUCCACAUUCGAGCUGCGGAUGCGAGACAAUGUAUACAAGGUUGAUAGGCAUCCCUGUGGCGCGUUCUACGACAUUCAGAUACAUGGCUCAUCGUAA